UCUCUUUUUCUUUCCAUUCUUCAACCAACUAAAGAACAAAAUGUGCCCAUGCAAAAAGUUUCUAAUAUUUUCACACCUUUAACUCACCCACUGCCCAUAACUUAACACCUGCACACCCUCUAGUUCACACAGCUUAAUUCUGUUCACCGCCAUGGCAGAAAGACUCAAACUUUUCUUCUGGGUUUUCUUUGUUCUUCUCCCAAACCCAGCAAAAUCUCAACUUGAUGAGCUAUUCUUCAAUGGGUUCAAAGGUGUAGAUGUAGCUAGCAACUUGAGCUUAAAUGGUGCCGCACAGAUCCAAGACAAUGGUGCAAUUCAGCUAACAAACAAAACGCAGAGACUAUUAGGCCAUGCCUUUUACUCAAAUCCAAUCCAAUUCAAGAACUCCACGGAUGGCAAAGCUUUUUCCUUUUCAACUUCCUUUGCUUUCGCUAUGGUCCCCAAGCAUGCUAAGCUUGGAGGCCAUGGCCUUGCUUUCACAAUCUCUCCCACCAAAGAGAUUCCAGGGGCUCUACCAAGUCAGUAUCUUGGUCUGCUCAACAACACCGAUCUUGGCAACUUCACCAACCACAUAUUUGCGGUCGAAUUUGACACUGUCCAAGACUUUGGGUUUAGGGACAUCAAUGACAACCACGUUGGCAUUGAUAUCAAUAGCUUAGUAUCCAACAAAUCUGCCCCGGCUGCUUAUUUUGAUGGUACUAAUAGUUCGAUCCAAGUUCUCAAUUUGAAGAGUGGUCAGGUAAUUCAGGCUUGGAUAGAAUAUGAUUCUCAAAGCAAUCAAUUAGAUGUGAAACUUUCACCUUCAUCUACUAAACCAAGGUCUACACUUCUGUCUUUUCACGUAGACCUCUCACUAAUUCUUCAAGAAUCUAUGUAUGUUGGUUUUUCUUCUUCAACUGGUUUGCUCUCUAGCUCUCACUAUAUAAUGGGUUGGAGCUUUAAGAUGAAUGGAGAAGCUAAAUCUUUGUCUUUGGAUCAAUUCCCUCCACUCCCAGCAGAGUCUAAAAGAAACAAGAACACAGGCGUAAUUGUUGGUGCUUCUGUUUCAGCUGCAUUAGCAAUAAUUUUGGUGAGUGGUUUGGCUUUUAACCUCAUCAGGAAAAUCAAGAAAGCUGAUGUGAUUGAGGCCUGGGAGCUUGAUAUUGGUCCACACAGAUUUUCUUACAAGGAGCUGGAGAAAGCAACAAGCGGUUUUAGAGACAAGGAGCUACUUGGGUUUGGUGGGUUUGGUCGAGUUUAUAAAGGGACACUGUCAAAUUCAAACACCCAAGUUGCAGUUAAGCGAAUUUCGCAUGAAUCAAAGCAGGGUUUGCAAGCAUUCAUAUCAGAGAUUGCUAGUAUUGGUCGGCUUCAACAUAGAAAUUUGGUUCAAUUAUUUGGAUGGUGUCGGCGAGGAGCAGAUUUGUUACUUGUUUAUGACUUUAUGCCUAAUGGAAGCUUGGACAAGUACAUAUUUGAUGAUCCUAAAACAAUUCUGAGCUGGGAGCAGAGGUUUAAUAUCAUCAAAGGUGUGGCUUCAGGACUUUUAUAUUUACAUGAAGAGUGGGAACAAACUGUCAUUAGGGUUCGAGAAAUUUAGGCGUAGGGUCGGGAAUUGGGGA